AUGCGCCUAAUAAACCUCCUCAUUGCAUCUGCAACAUGCACUUCUGCGUAUAGGAGUGCGCACGAAAAAGUAGCUCCAUUUCUUCAACGAAAAAUUAUUCCAAUUGCUCAAGACAGAUCAUCUCGCAAGAUCACAACCAAAUAUCUUGAUGAGGAUACAUCUAAAUUUCUCGUCAAUGGCAGUGCGCUUCCUGAAUUUACCUUUGACAUCGGUGAAAGCUAUGCCGGGUCCAUUCCCAUUUCUACUGAUAUCAAUGAUUCAAAUCAGUUGUGGUUCUGGUUUUUUCCCUCAACAAAUCCUUUAGCAGAAAGGGAGGUGACUAUCUGGCUUAAUGGGGGGCCUGGAUGCAGCUCAUUGAAUGGGUUGAUUCAAGAAAACGGGCCCUUUCUCUGGCAGUCUGGAACUUAUCAGCCGAUUCUAAACCCUUACAGCUGGACCAAUCUUACCAAUGUUAUCUACAUUGAUCAGCCAGUCAGCACCGGCUUCUCAAGUGGAAAUAUUACAGUCGAAAAUGAAAAUGAUGUUUCAACACAUUUCCUUGCAUUCUGGAAGAACUUUGUUUCAAAGUUCAAGAUGGAAGGCUACGAAGUUUACAUCACAGGUGAAAAGAGCUGGUGCUAUCUGAUAAAGCUAACUGUAACAGCUCAGCUAUGCUCGACGCUAACGACACGACAUACUACAAUGUUAAAGGCAUACAGAUCAAUGAUCCUUCAAUCAACGAUAACGAUGUUUUGA